AUAAGGCAGUCAUUCUGCUCAGGUCCCAAGGAAUAAGCGUAAGACAGUUUAUCGUCUCAGCCAUUCCUCAGCUUAAUUCUUCGUGGCCCCAUCGUGCGACUAAGGCGAGAAAGAUGUUGAAUGACCUGUCAACAUAUUUGCCGUCUUGACAACACCCUUAGGCAGACGUGCUCAUGAGAGGAGGAGAAAAGAAAAAGUGUCCAAAAUGACACUCCUUCGGCGUUCCACGCUCAUUAGGAUAAAUUCUUCGAGCUGCUCGUAACAAAAACGUCAAGAGAAACAUGGUGAUCCAUUGGUUCGCAGCUGACGAAAGCGGCGGAGUUUCCUGAGCUUUCGAGCCAAUGGGGAUACGUCGGCUUGCUAAAAAUAUAUUUUGAAUCAGUAGGAGGAGAUGGGACGACACCUCCUUCGCGAAAGACAAGAAAUAUUCUUACGAGUACGUAUCUCCUGCUCGAGCAAGACUCGAGGGUAAUUCAGCAACGUAACUCUGUCAACGUAUUUAAGAAGAGUCGAACGGACAACAAGCUCAGCAUUACAGAGAAAAAUAUUACAAAGACAAGGAAAGGCACAUUUUUAGACAAGUUUUAUCAAAACGAUGGAAAAGAAAUGUGAAAAUAAAAAGGAAGUAACUUUUCGCACAUAUAUAAAAAACGUAUGAUGUGUGCAAAGUUUAUUGUGUAACUUGAAAACUGAAGCGACCAUCAGUAUUGCGUGCGACGAAGUCUACGCACAGAAUACUUGAAAUACGACUUAUCCAAGAAGACAAAGAGUUUUUAAAUUUAACAAUAAGCGAAUCUGUGAGACUUGUUGGACGUGCCAAUUAUCAUAUGCUACGAGAUGCACAAUUGCGUACACUGUGGAACAAAUGUGUUUAAUGUCGGCCGCAUAUCAAGUAAUCAGAAAAUAAUUUUUUUCGUAAUUAAUGAUCAAACAAUUUGGGAUUUGAUGUAUUCCAUCGAUUAAAUAUAAUACAUAUAUAUAUAUGUGUGUGUGUGUGUGUGCCAUUCUUUCUCUCUCGCUCUCUCUCUCUCUCCCUCAAGAUAAUAUCGAAAUCAGGAUGAAAACUGGCGGAAGUACUUCGAGUCGUUUGAAUACAAACGUGGAGCAACGUUUGAGAAGUCCAAAGUGCGCGAGAUGUCGAAACCACGGUGUAAUAUCUGGCUUAAAAGGUCACAAGAGAUCCUGUGCGUGGAAAGAUUGCCGAUGUCCUUGUUGCCUUCUAGUCGUCGAAAGGCAGCGAGUGAUGGCAGCGCAAGUUGCUCUACGUAGGCAACAACAAGCGCAAGGCGACAGUCUUUUGUCUUCGGUAAAUAAAAUAUCAGCGGACCCUGUAUGUCCUUAUCCCUACGCUAAAGCGAAAUACGACGAAUCUGUCUGCGGUAGAAGAUCCAAGAAUUUUCAAAGGCAUCAUUUACAUUUCACGCAGACGAGUAUCAGCGUGACGCAGGGUUUCUAUGGAUUAAAUACUGUACAUAGUUUACCUGGCGCAUUAUCAGCACAUCCGCGUUUAUUGAGCACUUUGUCUUCUCUGGGAUGCGAUCAAAAACAAGAAGAUAAAUCCACACUAAAGAUACAAUCUUUCCAUUCUGCAUAUCCGGCAAUGGUUCCGUGGUUCAAUGAGGUAACGCAAUCGUACAUAUCGAAUGGGGACUUGAACAAUUUUAUUUCCACGAGAGAUUUGCGGAACUCCCCUACUACAACCAAUAAACCUUGUUUAGAAAAGAAAGCGCCAAUUUCCUUCAGCGUGGAAUCUAUUAUCGGUACGAAAUGAUGUCCCAAAUAUCCAUGUUUUAAUCGUUUGAGUACCAGCGAGUUAUCACUUGAUUUUCUGAGAAUUGCCAAUGAUAUCACAAUAAUCGCAGUACAAUCAUAGCGGAUACCUAUGUACCUAUCCAACGUCCGAUAGUCUAAUGUAACUGUCGCACUUAUCUUUCAACAAUAUUGGAGCAACAGCAGGAUAUGCAGUAAAUGACAAUGCUAUUUUUGAGUGGAAAAUUGAGGAAUGAAAUAUCGUUCAUACUCGUUGGCGUUCAAACGAUUAAUCUCUCAAUAAAAUGAAUAAUCUUAUAUAUGUACAAAUAGAACAUACAAGUCAAGUAGAAACUUUUAUAAAAAUCAUACUACGUAUUCAUUAUGCGAAUCAUAAAACUUCUGAA